CAUAUCGUUGUGAGAGAGAGAGAGAGAGAGAGAGAGAGAGAGAGACCAGAGUUCCAAAGCCUUCGAAUAUUUUAGGUUUCCGGCUCCGCCCACAAACGAAGCAAUGGUGAAAGCCCGAAAGCUUCGAAAUCUGUGAAUGAAUCCUCAACUUGCUCUCGUUUAAUUGCAGAAGCAACUUUUGAGCUCGUAUAGCUUUCCCCUGCAGAGCGAUUGGCGGGGCACACUGCGUUUUCUGGUCACCGAUUGCUGCGAAAAUACAACAUGGAGGGAAAGUGUGCUAUCAAGAGAGAUGUCACCGAGUUAAUAGGCAACACUCCAAUGGUUUAUCUCAAUAAUGUUGUGGAAGGCUGUGUAGCUCGCAUCGCUGCGAAGCUUGAGACUAUGGAGCCUUGUUCUAGCGUUAAAGAUAGGAUCGCACUUAGCAUGAUCGAAGAUGCUGAGGAAAAAGGACUGAUAACUCCAGGAAAGACCGUCCUUAUCGAAAUCACCAGCGGUAACACCGGCAUCGGUUUGGCUUUUAUUGCUGCCAUUAAGGGCUACAAACUUAUCCUUGUCAUGCCGGCUUCAUAUAGUAUUGAGAGAAGAAUUCUGAUGCGAGCUUUUGGAGCUGAGGUAUAUAUCACAGAUCCGGCCAAGGGAUUAGAUGGGGUCCUUCAAAAGGCUGAGGAGAUCCAGGACAGGACGCCGAAUAGUCACGUGCUCCAGCAGUUUGAGAAUCCUGCGAAUCCAAAGGUUCAUUAUGAAACUACUGGCCCGGAAAUUUGGAAGGACUCAGGAGGAAAGGUGGAUGCCUUUGUUUCAGGAAUAGGGACAGGAGGAACCGUAACUGGCGCGGGCAAAUAUCUCAAGGAAAAAAACCCAGAGAUCAAGGUGUAUGGUGUCGAGCCAGUUGAAAGUGCAGUCCUGAAUGGCGGAAGUCCAGGCAAGCACUUGAUACAAGGAAUUGGUGCUGGUUUCAUCCCGCCAGUUUUGGACGUCGGCUUGCUCAACGAAGUCCUCCAAAUAUCAAGUGAGGAAGCCAUUGAGACUACUAAGCUUCUUGCCCUAAAAGAGGGUCUAUUGGUAGGGAUCUCUUCAGGGGCUGCAGCUGCAGCUGCAAUAAAGUUGGGAAAGCGGCCUGAAUAUGCCGGAAAACUGAUCGUUGUUGUUUUCCCUAGUUUCGGAGAGCGUUAUCUUUCGACCGCCCUUUUCGAUUCGAUCAGGAACGAGGCUCAAAACAUGACUUUCGAUUAGAGUGACAACAGCCACAAAUCGGUCCAAUGUUAGUGUGAAAUAGACAUGUCACCUGUUCAUGGAGAUCUCAACUUGUCUACUGAAAUUUCGGUUACGGGUUUCCACAUGCCGAUGCCGUUCCAAGCACAAUAUGACAACUCUGGUCUCACUCCCAGGAAUUACUUGCUUUUGUUCAAGAUUCAGCAUGUUAAGAUGUUUGAUGGAACUUAUUUGUCAAUGAGACGCUUUAUAUGAACUCAUUUGAAUAAGAUGUCUGUAAUUUCCUA